AAAACAAUACAAAUCUGAUAUGAGCAUGACAGCUGUUGAGCCAUUAUGUUGUGUGAUAUUGUUUUCCACAUUGUAAAAUUCUUACACUGUAUUUACAUUGUUACAUAGUAAUCUAGUGUCUUAGCAUGCUACAGAGAGAAGAGGAGCUUAAUUUGUGUGUAAUCUCAUAUAGUCUUCCAAGUCUGUCUCACUGGACAAGACAUUAACUCUUUCUUUCAGAUCAAACAGACAAAUAACAAUAAAGCUACUAGCAUUUUUUCUAAAGCUUGAAAAGUAAGAUAUGUGGGGAAAGAGUUGCAGAGUUUUAACAUGACCGCCAGAGGGCGUAAUUGCCUCGCCUUAUGAGUUUUAUUUUCUAAACGUUGACCGGAAGUUCGUUUCUAUUGCCUUUGGCUUCAGUUAUUAUUAAACGCUAGUUUCUGUGUCAUGACUUUAGCUCGGCGUUGCGUUUUCAAACUCCAUAAUGCGACGUUACAUUCGUGCACUAAUGUUGUGCAUGGUGUUUGCCGUGUUUUCGGGCUUGUAUGUUUACAGUAAGCUGGUUUACUCGGACGUGCCGGUCGGAGGAAACGGACCGAAGAGGGGGUUCAUCCCACCGAGAGUCCUCGAAGACAGGCGAGGGGCCGCGGACAAAAGUGGGCCCCAAAGCCCACACUGGUACACUAGGUACAUCAUGCGUCAGCGGGGUCAGGUGGAGGCGGGUGGUGGCGACGGCGGCGUUCAGAGCAGACCUGAACCUCCCAUGCACCUGGCCGUGGUGGCCUGUGGGGAGAGGCUGGAGGAGACUCUCACCAUGAUCAAGUCUGCCGCGCUUUUCAGCAUCAAGCGCCUCUCCCUGCACAUCUUCACGGAAGACACGCUACACGCCAGCUUCAUAGAAGCUUUGGAAUCGUGGCCUGGUUUUAUUCGCUCCAGUUUCAACUACACAGUCUACUCCAUCAGCUUCCCCAGUGAGAACGCAGCCGAGUGGAAGAAACUCUUCAAGCCCUGCGCGUCUCAGAGGCUCUUCUUACCUCUGAUCCUAAAAGACAUCGACUCGAUCGUGUACGUCGACUCAGACAUCCUGUUCCUGCAGCCUGUAGACCGCCUGUGGGCGUUCCUGUCCCAGUUUAAUUCCUCCCAGCUGGCUGCUAUGGCACCGGAGCACGAGGAGCCCCGUAUCGCCUGGUACAACCGCUUCGCCCGCCACCCCUUCUACGGCAGGACUGGCAUCAACUCAGGGGUCAUGCUCAUGAACAUGACAAGGAUGAGGAACAUGUUCUUUAAGAAUGACAUGACGUCUGUGGGGCUGCGUUGGGAGGAGCUGCUGAUGCCUCUACUUCAGAAAUACAAACUCAACAUAACCUGGGGAGACCAGGACCUUCUGAAUAUUAUUUUUCACCACAACCCUGAGUGCUUGCUGGAGUUUCCGUGCCAGUGGAAUUAUCGUCCAGAUCAUUGUAUCUAUGGCAGUAAUUGUGUGUCAGCUGAAGAAGAUGGCAUCUACAUACUGCAUGGAAACAGAGGGGUUUACCACGACCACAAACAGCCUGCCUUCAGGGCUGUUUACGAGGCCAUACGAAAGUACUCUUUUGGUGCAGACCCAGUGACCUCGCUAUUGGAUCCUCUCGAAGAGGAACUGUUGAAGACGACACACACUUACUGUGGUAAAUCCCACCAGCUCUUCACCAAGAGACUGGCACACAGCCUUUCAAACAUCAACAGAAAGGCCCCACGUGGACAGUGAUGAAAAUGAAUCACAAUGAUGGGACAGAGGCCAAAAGAGAAAGCCUGUGCCUUAGCCUAACCUUGAAGACAAGGAACAGUGCUAAUUGUGACUGACCAUACACAGCAAGAAACUGGACGGUUUCUAAUCUUGCAAGCUGAACCCUGCUGUUCAAAGCAGGGGUUUUUAACUGAUAUACAAACAAAUGCAGCGCUGUAAACGUGUUUUUACCUGGCAAACUGUUCAAAAACAACAAACAUUAGUUGUUCAAAGAUGCAUAGACUACUUUGUGGACAACUGUGAGUGGAGCUUUUAGAUGAUGGUGAACAGCUGUUUAAAGCUCAAUAAGACAGUUGGGAUUGUCUCAGACUGAGACUAAUAACUGUUCACCUCUUGCAUGAUGUAAAUGCCUGAAGUCGACUGUAAAUGCCAGUUGGUCUUGUAGCAAAGUACUGAACUUAGCAGAGAAAAAUAUUUACUGCACAUGUAUAUUUUUCCCAGGGGUUUUUAUUACAGACUUUCACAACAUUCUAUAUUAUUUUUUCAACCAACAAGCAUCUAGUCUCUUCCAUGUAGUAAUGUUCUCCUUUCAGUGCCGUCUGGUUACUGACUAAAGGUGAAUACUCAUGGUGCGAAAGAUCUGUCAAAGUUUGGAAGAGUAGCUCUUGACUUUCCAUAUUGGAGAAUUUAUUUAACCUUGUGAAACACUCUUAUUAAAAGAGACAGAAAUCAUAUCAGAACUGGACAAAGGCUUUCAGCAGGGCUCAUUUUGAGAGAUGUAUGCACUUUUUUGACCUUCAGAAACCACUUCAUUACCAACAAGAUGGAAGAGAAGUCAUUUCAGAGAACAUGCAUGGAAAAAUAAUAAUUUCAGUGUGAAGUGUAAACGAUUUCUGGAAUAGUUUUUCAUAUGUGAUUUUCUACAGUGGCAGUUGAGCAUAUGAAACUUCUAUCGGAGUACUGCUUUCCCGAGUAAACGUUUUAUCCUAUUCUAUGUUAUUUUAUCUGUUACACAGGUUACCUUCAAACAAGCAAAAUGGGGUGAUUACAUAUGUGUUGUUCACAUAUGCAGGUGCCACCCCCACUGAGCAGACCAUUUUUAUGUCGUAUAAUGUCAGUCUACAGUUUUGUGAUGUCAGGGCAUGUGACCCUACACAGAAGUUUGUUUUUGUAAUGAAUAUGAAUGAAUGAAUACUAUUGAAUAUGCGAAUAAGCUACAAGUUCCUCUCCUGAUGCCAAAGUAUUUCUUUUUAUUACUAUAAUUAUGGGUUUUGCACCAUUGAAUGUAUUUUUAACACUAAUGGUUAAAAUCAAAAUGUUAUUAUCAGUGCUUAUGUUGGUAUGGUUCCAAUGUAAGAAUAUCCUUUAUGAUGUUUACUUGUUUGUAUGUCAUGGUGUUAAAAAAAAAAAGAAGAAAUUGCAGUGUUUGUUUUUACAUUAAAGAUCAUUUCAGUUUUGUGGAA